GCAUUUCCUCCCGGGCCGGGCGGCGCGAUCCCGGGGAGGGCGGGGAGGGCGGCAGAGGGCAGACGCGGCGCUGCGCUCCGCCAGCCGGCAGCAUGCGGCCCCUGCUCUGCGCGCUGGCCGGGCUUGCCCUGCUCCGCGCCUCGGGUGCCUUCACCGCUGCUGAACCCUUCAUCCCCUCCCGAGGAGACCCAGCUCGGACUGCAGGGUGUGACAGACACAUGGCUGUCCAUGGCCGGUUAGACGUCAUAGAGGAGACGGUGGAGAAGACGGUGGAGCACCUGGAGGCAGAAGUGAAAGGCUUGCUGGCUCAGCUGGAGGAGCUGGCCUGGAAUCUGCCCCCGGGCCCCUUCAGCCUGAUCCCCGACCUCCUCGGAGAGGAGACGGUGAGCAGCUCAGAUCGCCUUUGAGCACCAGAGCAGGAGCGACCCAACAGCUGGCAGUGAUACAACAGCCCUCCUCUGAGAACAGAGCUGUGCGUUCUGGCCUGCCUUCCUCAGCUUUGUGCAAAAUAAAAGCUACUCCUUUGGUCC